GCUUAUUCAAAGUCUUUCAAAAAGCUCGCCAAAUUCUCCGCUAAGAACUCCUGAAAAGCUUCUGUCCUCUCAAUUUUUCUUUUUGAAUUCGCUUUCUUGUUCUUGGCGUAAGAACAAGAAAGAUUUUUUGAUUUCGAAAUGUCGAUGCAGAACCGGCGGUCGUCCUUUUCGUCGUCCACAACAUCGUCUUUAGCUAAACGACAUGCGUCGUCGUCGGAGAAUGUGAGAAAGUUCAUGGCGGUCCCACCGCAUCUGGCGAAGAAGCGAGCGCCACUCAGUAACAUCACCAAUCAAAGGAAUGUCAUUCAAAGUGGUUCAAAAAGCUCACUCUCCUCGUCUUCUUUGGCACCAUGCUCGAGUAGAGUUGCUAAAGCAAAGAAGGUAAAUCCAGCCGGCAGUAUCAACAACACGGGCUUCUCGGGCAAACUCUUACCUGCAUCAUUAAUUAUAAAAUCAAGCACAGUUGUUCCUCUUAAGGUUACAUCUCUACCAAGAACUGAAGAACCUGCCCCCAGUAUUGUAAAGUCCAACAAUGUUCUUCCUUCUAAAGUUACACCAUUACCAAGAAGUGAUAAAAUUGCACCUAGUAUUGCAGAAGUUCCGGCCUCUUCUAGCAUGGAUGUCUCUAAAGUUACACCAUUACCAAGAAGUGAUAAACUUGCACCUAACAUUGCAGAAGUUCCAGCUUCUUCUAGCAUGGAUGUCUCUCCUAAUAAUUCAGAUGCAAAUUCAGUUUCUAUGGAUGAGACGACGUCUGCUUCUGAUUCUUUCAAGAGCCCUGACGUUGAAUAUAUUGAUAACAAUGAUGUUCCAGCACUUGAUUCUAUUGAUAGGAACACAUUUAGAAAUCUCUACAUUUCAGGCCAUGCAGAAACAACAGGAAAUGGCUGCAGUAGAGACCUACUUGCUGAGAUGGAAAUGGAUGAUAAAAUUGUUAAUAUCGAUGAUAGUAACAUGGAUCCCCAGCUCUGUGCAACUUUUGCUUGUGACAUUUACAAGCACUUGCGUGCAUCUGAGGCAAAGAAAAGGCCUUCAACCGACUUUAUGGAGAGAAUUCAGAAAGACAUAAACUGCAGCAUGCGCGCAAUACUGGUUGAUUGGCUUGUGGAGGUGGCCGAAGAGUACAGGCUUGUACCUGAGACGUUGUAUUUGACUGUAAACUACACAGAUCGGUAUCUUUCAGGCAACGUAAUGAAUAGGCAGCGUCUCCAGUUGCUUGGUGUUGCCUGCAUGAUGAUUGCAGCAAAAUAUGAAGAAAUUUGUGCACCCCAGGUGGAGGAAUUCUGUUAUAUAACUGAUAACACGUAUUUCAAGGAAGAGGUUCUUGAGAUGGAAUCUGCAGUUUUGAAUUACUUAAAGUUCGAAAUGACAGCUCCCACCGCCAAAUGUUUCUUACGGAGAUUUGUUCGUGCUGCUCAAGGGAUAAAUGAGGCUCCAUCAAUGCAGUUGGAAUGCUUAGCAAACUACAUCGCAGAAUUGUCUCUUCUAGAGUACAGCAUGCUCUGUUAUGCACCAUCACUCAUAGCCGCUUCUGCAAUUUUCUUGGCAAAAUACAUACUAAUCCCAUCAAAGAGGCCUUGGAGUUCUACAUUGCAGCAUUACACACUUUACCAACCUUCGGACUUGAUGGACUGUGUUAAAGAUCUUCAUCGCCUAUUCUGUAAUAGCAAUAGUUCAAGUCUACCAGCAAUCAGGGAAAAGUACAGUCAGCAUAAGUACAAAUAUGUGGCAAAGAAGUUGUGUCCUCCAUCAAUUCCUCCAGAGUUCUUCCACAGCCACUGAGUAUUGCGGAUUGUUCCAAUAUCCCGUUGGAUAGACUUCUCUUCUGAAUUAACGGGUGAUUUCCACCAAAAGGCAUGGAUUGCUUUGACUUCCCCAACGGCGCCUUUUAAUUAUAUAGAGCCUUGUUACUGUCUGUCACAAAUCAAAUUCCCUAAUUAGAAUCACAUUCGGUCGGAUUAAAACCAAACUUUCUAAGUUAGAACCGCUAGCCUGUUAAAAGGAACAAGAAACCUAAAUCCUCAUUUUGUCAACUUGUUUUCAUUUAUUUUUGUAACAUCUCUAAUCUGAUAGUCUGGUUCACUGUUAAGAUAUUAUCAAUUUUGGAUAUACAGUUUAUCAUGGUUUUGUUUUUA